UUCAAUCUACCAUCUAUCUUAUUCAACAUGUCUCGACAUUUGGUGUUGUCGAUUAUCGCAUCCUUAGUGCUACCUUCGGCCGCCGUCAAAUACACGAAGCGUGCGAACGACACAGAUAUAUUAACCUAUGUGAACCCGCUAAUCGGAUCACAAAAAGGCGGCAAUGUGUUCGCUGGAGCGACACUGCCUUAUGGUAUGGCAAAAGCCGUGGCUGAUGUAGACGGUGAAAACACGGGUGGUUUCUCUACCGACGACUCCAACAUCACCGGGUUCUCCAUACUACAUGAUUCUGGAACUGGAGGCAAUCCUUCACUGGGAAAUUUUCCAAUAUUUCCCCAGAUAUGCGCCAGCGAUGAUAUUAACACGUGCAAUUUUCCCAUCGGAGCUCGAGCUACUCAUUAUCAAAGCGAUUCGGUUGUGGCUAAGCCAGGCUAUUUCGGACUCACUCUAGACAAUGGUAUCAGCGCUGAUAUGGCUGUUUCUAAGCAUGCUGCUCUUUUCCGGUUUGACUUUUCGGGAAGCACCACCAAUGGCAGUUCGGAUCCUCUAAUUCUGCUUGACUUGACUGAUCUUUGGCAAAGCCGCCAGAAUGCCUCGAUCAGUGUGGACGCUAUUGAAGGAGCUGAUUCGGGAAGAAUUAAAGGGAACGGGACCUUUCUCCCUAGCUUCGGUGCAGGCUCCUAUGUGGCGUACUUUUGUCUGGAUCUGUCCGGAGGAGCCAUCAAAGAUUCUGGAGUCUGGGUCAAUGAUCGAGCCGGAACAGAACCGAAAAAUGUAUACAUUACGCGGGGUUUCAACCUGUUCUAUCUCCAGGGCGGUGGCUUUGUUCGUUUCAAGGAACCCAUAACCGGCCAGAUAUCUGCGCGAAUGGGUAUCAGUUUCAUCAGUACAGACCAAGCAUGCUCAAAUGCGGAGAAAGAGAUCCCUGGUCCUGAAUAUGACUUCGACGGUCUAGUGGAGACUGCACAAGACGUCUGGCGCGAGAAGCUCGCCCCCGUAUCAGUCAAACCUGGCAAUGCCGAUGAGAACUUGUUGACCAGCUUUUGGAGCGCUGUGUAUCGAACCAUGAUCUCGCCGCAGGACUAUAGUGGAGAGAACCCACACUGGCAGUCCUCAGAGCCAUACUUUGACUCGUUUUAUUGUCUCUGGGACAUGUGGCGUGUACAACUCCCGUUCCUCACCAUCGCAGAUCCAAACCAGCAAUCCCGUAUAGUGCGCAGUUUACUCGAUACCUAUAAACACCGAGGCUGGCUUCCUGACUGCAGCAUGAGCACGUGCAAAGGUUGGACUCAGGGUGGGUCAGACGCAGAUAAUGUUCUGGUAGAUGCAUAUGUCAAGAAUCUGACUGGCAUUGACUGGGAGCUUGCCUAUGAGGCCAUCGUCAACGAUGCAGAAAACGAGCCUUUGGAGUGGAGUAUCGAGGGUCGGGGCGGACUAGCAAGCUGGAAACGUUUAAACUAUAUUCCUUACUUAGAUUUCGACCCCAACGGCUUCGGCACCAAUUCGCGAAGUAUCUCAAGGACGCUAGAGUACGCAUAUAACGAUUUCAAUCUGGCGACACUUGCUAAGGGGCUCGGCAAAGAUACGUACGCAAAGUAUCUCGCCCGUGCAACGAAUUGGCAGAAUCUUUUCAAGUCUGACCAAACUUCAUCCAUCGAUGGCACUGAUACCGAAUUCAAGGGCUUUUUCCAGCCGAAGUACCUGAAUGGGACAUGGGGGUUUCAAGACCCCGUUGCUUGCUCUCCAUUAGCUGGCUUCUGCUCGCUGACGUCGAACCCGAGUGAGACGUUUGAGAGUAGUGCUUGGGAAUACAUGUUCUUUGUUCCUCACGAUAUCAGGAAGAUUGUUGAGCUUCUGGGUGGAGAGGAAACGUUUAUAAACAGACUAGACUUUUUCCAUUCAAGUGGAUUGGCCGACAUUGGAAAUGAGCCAGUCUUUCUUACAGUAUACAUGCCUCACUAUGCUGGAAGGCCAGGGCUGAGCGCAAAGAGGGUUCGAGACUAUAUACCAUCGCGCUUUAACGCGUCUCUGCCUGGGCUUCCUGGUAAUGACGACUCCGGGGCUAUGGCCUCCUUCCUCCUCUUCUCGACCAUGGGACUCUUCCCCAAUCCUGGACAGAACGUAUAUCUCAUAUCUCCACCCUUCUUCGAAUCAGUCAGUGUCACCAAUGCGCUGACCAACAAAACCGCGACCAUCAAGAAUGUGAAUUACUCAGCUGGCAACGGUACCACAGGUAGCAAUGUGUGGAUUCAGAAUGCCACAUUCAACGGUGAGCCGUGGACCAAGAGUUGGAUUGGCCACGAGUUUUUUACUGAGGGUGGCCUUCUGGAGUUGACACUUGGGAAUGCAGAAAGCGAAUGGGGUACAAGAGAAGAAGACAGGCCGCCGAGUAUGUCGGUUGGGCAGAUGGAAACUCUGCAAAUGUGA